UUCUCUGCCCAACUGCAAAGUGUCAUUGUUACAUCAUGUCUGAGGGAAAGGAGAUAUUCACAUGAAUGCAAUAUUGCACUUUUCCCUGCUUCCUGUAACCUUUAUCAUGUGUAGGCCUAUUGCUUACCUGUUAGAUGAAAACUUAGCUCAUCUGGAAACUUGAGCACGUAAACUGAGACAUUAAUAUCCCACAUAAGCGGAAUAUCGCUUACCUCUCGCAGGUUCCUUAUUUUUUGUUUGACAGUUUCACAUGAAACCCGUACAAGCUGCUCACAUGUGAUUAUCGAAAUCCAUACAAACGUUUGUGGGCCUUUUGUUUUUGCAACAAAAGAGGUAGGCGAUUGAAUAAUAUUAUCCAAAUAUAUGUGACUUUGUUGUGUUAUUUUGGGAUGUCUAAAAAUAGAUUCGAGUAUCUAUGCAAAUCUAGAAACGUGUUUGAAUCGCGGAAAGAGUUGUAGUUUCGGAUUCCACGAAGUUUGUUACAAACAGGAAACAUGAACGCCAGAUGUUGGCACCCAGUAAUCGAUACUCCACUUUAAGUUUGUUUAGUUUACGCAACAGUUUAUGAACUGGCCAAACCGAGCCAUUCGCCCCUUCACUUUCAACUGCAAAGUUUUGCAUCAACUUGAAAGCCAUUAUCAUCAAUGAAAGACGAUGGCAAGGCGUCUUCGAUGCCCGAGUCGUCAGGUGGGUUAAUAAUUCUAAUUGAAAAAGGCAAUUUGUAUGCGGCGGGCAAAGAGAAACCAAAGGCAUUGCGGACCGACAAAAGCACUCAAUGUAAUUAAAUUGUCGACGGACCACCCAGCGCCAAUAGUUCCACCACCCGAACCGCCGAUUCCAGUAAUCGUUUAGAUAUGCCACGACUGUUUAGUACACGGCGCCUCUUCCUCGCCGGAAAGAAUGCAAUUUAUUUGCUUAUCCUGGGCACUAUAUUCUACACGGUUACGUUGCGCCUUCCUGGGAGCUUGAAACCUGAAGAAGUCGUCGAUCGCUCUGGUCCACCACCCCCUAGGAUCUUUUGCAUCAUAUCCACAUAUGAAUAUCGCCACACACAGGUAGCAAUUCACACCCAUCGGACUUGGGUCAGGCACUGCGAUCACUAUCUCUUCGUCAGCGAUUACAGUGACCACUACCUGGAGCCAGCGGUGUUUAUGCAUAUGAAUGACCGUUGGCACCGAAUGAGGGCCUAUCUGGAGUACGUCUACAAGUAUCACUUCCAUCAGGGAGACUGGUUCCUCUUCUGCAACGACGAUAACUUUGUAGUCGUGGACAAUCUUCGUCACAUGCUGAAGACAUAUAGUCCCAAUGAACUUAUUUACUUCGGAUGCAAAAUGCGAGCACCCAAUGGUCUGGUGUACAUGCUAGAAGGUUCCGGGAUUGUCUUCAGUGGAGCUGCUUUAAAGCGAUUUGCACUAGCAGCCCUGACCAACGAGAGUAUUUGUAGUUCGGAGGCGAAAGGCAAUGAUUUCACUCAGGAACUGGGUCGAUGUCUGACUAAUGUCAAUGUGAUAGCCGGGGAUAGUAAUAUUAUAUACUAUAUAUAUUUAAUAUGCUUUCAUACGAAAUACAUAAUGAACAUUUAUAAUAUGUACUACUUUGCAUAUGUAACUAGAGUUUUCGGAGUGCCGCGUAACUUGAACAUUGAAAAUGAAAGGAUGGUACUCGAAAAUAAGACCACAUUAAUUGAUCAGAGUUCACCAUAACUUAAGGUGCAUACAACUUAAGCGGUCUUUACGUUACAUUUAAACAGAUA